AUGGAUGAUCCUUCACCAGAUCUUGUUCAAAUUGUAACGAACAAUCUUCGUCAUAAUAAGGAGAAAUCAAUAGGUAGUAAGGAGACAAAGCAACGAAAAGAAGAAGGAAGAGAAGCAAGGCUGUCAAAGCGAUUAAGUGCAGGACAUUAUGGAAGUGCAGGUGGUCUGAUCAUGAGCACUACAGACAUUUCCUCUUCGUCUUCUACUACUACUUCUCCUCAUCCUUCUGAAGAGAUUGAAGAGCUCUUGCUUAAUUGGAAAAUACAAAGCAACCUACCAGAUCGAAAAAUUAUACUUCAUAAACAACACUCAUAUAAACAAGCGAGUCAUAGUAAAAAUAAAAAGUCUUUCAAAAUUUCACCACCAGAGAUACUUGUUCAAGAUUUAGAUGAUCCAAAGGAAUGUGCUUCAAGGCUAUGGCAUGAAGAUGAAACAUUUGUAGAACAUGAAAAGAUAGCUGAAUGGCUUGGACAAAGUAAAUCAUUAAAUUCAAAGACAUUGAAUGAAUAUAUGAAUUAUUUUAAUUUUUCGACUAUGAGAUUAGACACUGCAUUUAGAAAAAUGUGCUCUAAACUUUAUUUUCGUGCUGAAGCACAACAAAUUGAACGUAUUUUAGAAGCAUUUGCGAAACGAUAUUGGCAAUGUAACCCCAAGUCUAUUUUAGGCAGUUCAGAUGUUGUAUAUGCAAUUGUCUAUUCCCUUUUAUUACUAAAUACCGAUCUACAUGUUGCUCAAGGAAACUAUACUCGAAUGACACGACACAUUUUUGUCAAGAAUACCAUGUCAACUCUUCGAGACCAACAAAAGCAAAUCAAUUCGGUCAGUAUAAAUAAGUCUCUUGAUUGGGAAGCACUUAUUGAAGCCUAUUUAAAAGAUUUGUAUGUUUCAGUGAAAAACUAUCAAAUUCUCCAACCAAUUCAACAUCAACAAAUGGAUGAUCAUGACUUAUUUUUAGCAACAGGUUCAAAUAAUAAGAGAAUAAGUAUUAUGGAUAUUAAACGCAAUUUAAAUACAAUAAUACACAAGUCCUCUCGGGAAAGUGUGUUAUUUUUAAAUGAGCCUGUGCCAAGGAAAAGUACAAGCUCUUUUACACGUCAAAAUAAUUCUGCUAACAAUAAAAAGCGUAGAAGUUCGUUUGCCUCUAGUCAUUCAGCACCAAAUACAUUACUAGUACCCGUUAGUCCCGGAAUGAUGAAUUCAGCUAGUAAUAAAGACGAGCAACAUUUAGGUGAUCUUCAAUUAAAUAAUCAACCACCUUAUUUAAAAGAAGGUAUCGUGAUGCGCAAGCAUUUAUUGGAGAAAGCAGGUCAAAAGGCAAGAUAUCGUGAAUGGCGAGAAUGCUUGCUGGUGAUUGGACAAGGUGAAUUAAAUAUGUAUAACGUGCCAUCCCCUAGUGAUAGUAGAUUAUCUCUUUUAGCAAAGGAUACAUUUUCCAGAAAAAGUAUGAUGAUAAGAACAAGUCUAGCGGAUACUAUUUCAAAAAACUAUCAUCAGUUCAAUCAAACGACAAAUUCACUUCCUCAAAACAAUGAAAGCCGAUGGACGGAUUAUUCUCAAAUUAUUGGAACAAUUUCUUUGAACCAUUCCUUAGCAAAUCCUUUACCACCACCUGGCUAUAAUCGAAAUAGACCUUUUGUAUUUGCAAUUCAAGAAUCUAAUGGUGGUGUUCAUUUGAUUCACACAUCUUCUAAUGAGCAAAUGAUAGAAUGGGUCAAUACUUGUAAUUAUUGGUCAGCACGCCAAAGUAAAGAACCUCUUCAGGGAGGCGUAAGUAAUGUAGAGUAUGGAUGGGGAAGUUGUUUAGAUGAUGUCAUUCUAGAUUUAGAUGCAGUAGAAAAUAAUGAGAAGGUGACGGGGCAUUUUAUUCAUGAUCCUGAUAAAGUCCAUAUCUCUCAUUGGAUCCCUCCUGCACCCACUAUGGUAUCAAGUGUUUUGGAUGAAGAAGCACAGCUUGAAAGUCUACAAAAAUAUGUUGCAUUAUUAAAUGAUGAAAUAAACGAACAUCGUGAAAUUAAAAAGAAGAUAUUAGUAAAGUUUCAAGCUAAAAGUCAAAAUCGGUCAAAGGCACUUCAAAACUGGGAGGCCAAGUCCACGUAUAUGUUACAUGAGAUUAUCAAGUAUCAAAAUUAUUGUAAUGCUUUAGAAAAUGGCAUUAGUAAACAUAAAAAGCAGGAUAUAUAA